ACGUUUUUGCUUUCUAUUGGGGCUCAUAGGUAUUUCUAAAGAUUUAACCUUGGGACUCAGCUGGCUGAAAACAAACAGGCAGACUAAAUAUUGGAUAUGUUAAACAUUUUCUGUUUGUCAACACAGCUGAAUACAAGUAUUCUUCAUGGUAGAAUUAUGCAUGCUACUGUUGAAGUACUUGAAGAGCUAGCUAUUUUAUGUCAGAUUAAUUCAUUGUCAUAUUAAUGUUUCUUUUCAUACAUGAGUAAUAGCCUGACUUUUUAGCUUGUUUUUCUUGUAACUUUCUGCAGCAGUUCAUAUUGCAGUACCGUUGCUGCAGUCAUUGGAAGCUUUAACCAUGGUAGAGCCAGAAAAGGUUUUAGCACUAAUUUUUGUGUUGCUAGGUAACGCCUUACGAUUGUAGGUGAAAGCAUUGUAGAGAGCCUUGUUAUUAAAGAGACUCAGAGGUUAUCAGCCUAACAUUACAGUAAAUGCUGAUGUAAAGGUUCAAAUCAUUCCUUAUUUCCUGAGUCAUGUAGUCUGUGAGACAGUAUAGCACGUUGCUUUGUUGUAUUGUGAUUCCCUUCUGCUUGUGACAGGCAAGAUUGAGCGGCCUAGGACCUAGAACUCUUAAUAUUUUUAUAUCAAGACCUAAUUAAACCAUAGGUAAGUUGUUUUUAAUGGAGGGAUGUGAAGAGAUUUUUAAGAGUCUAGUUGACUAUUUCUUUUCCUUUUUUUAAGUUAAGAAGGUAGUGAAGGUAAUGUGAGUUUGAUUCCCAAAGAAGGGCUCCUUACUGGUAGUUUCUCUGAAGCCCUAGUUACCGUUGGUUGUCUUUCGAAUGCAUGCAGUUGAUCCACAAGUAUGAUAAAGUGAGUGCGCCUGGAUCAGCAUAAAUUCUCUACUAGCAUCCCUGGUCUCUACUCACAAGAUGCCAGUAGCACUCUGUAUCCUGCCCCACCCCCCCAAGUUGUGACAACCAAAAAUGUCACCAAAUACUGCCAUAUAUUGCUGGGGAGCAAAAUUGCCUCUGAUUGAGCACCUCUGGGGUAGGGGCAUAUUAUUGACUGUAUACACACAAAUUUUUUUUUGACUAGAACUUAUCUGUAGUUGCUGCUUGACUUGUAGUAAAAUGGUAUUUCAGAGUAAUAAUUUACUUUAAGAACUUUGUUUUCAUAAGAAACAAGGUCUGUUAUUUAUUUACUUCAGAAUUUUAUAUCAGACUAUAGUAGAUACAAAUGUUUAACACGCUCGACUGCUAACCAGAAGGUUGGUGGUUUGAGUCCACACAGAGGUGCCUUGGAGAAAAGGCUUGGCAAACUACUUCGGAAAAAAUCAGCCAUUGGAAACCCUGUGGAGCACAGUUCUACUCUGAUACACAUGGGGUCGCCAUGAGUCAGAAUUGACUCGACAGCAACUGUUGUUUUUUUUAAUAGUAGACACGAGUUUCUCUUUUGUAGCUCAAAUUGGAAGAUUACAAGGAUCGCCUGAAGAAUGGAGAGCGACUUAAUCCAGACCAGUUGGAAGCAGUAGAGAAAUAUGAAGAAGUGCUACAUAACCUGGAAUUUGCCAAGGAGCUUCAAAAAACCUUUUCUGGACUGAGCCAAGAACUACUUAAAGCUCAGAAGAAGGCCCAGAGAAGGGAGCACAUGCUAAAACUUGAGGCUGAGAAGAAAAAACUUCGAACUAUACUUCAAGUUCAGUAUGUAUUGCAGAACUUGACGCAGGAACAUGUACAGAAAGACUUCAGAGCGGGCUUGCAUGGUGCAGUGUAUUUGCCUUCAAAAGAACUUGACUACCUCAUUAAAUUUUCAAAACUGACCUGCCCUGAAAGAAAUGAAAGUCUAAGACAAACACAUGAAAGAUCUACUGUCUAAGUUGCUGAACUCAGGAUAUUUUGAGAGUAUCCCAGUUCCCCAAAAUGCUAAGGAAAAGGAAGUACCAGUGGAGGAAGAUACGCUGAUAAAAUCAGAGAAGAAAAAACAGUUAUUGAAAACUGAAUCUGUCAAAGAGUCAGAGUCUCUUGUGGAACUUGCACAGCCAGAGAUACAGCCACAAGAGUUUCUUAACAGACGCUACUUGACAGAAGUAGAUUAUUCAAACAAACAAGAUGAAGAACAGUCCUGGGAAGAUUAUGCUAGAAAACCAAAUCUCCCCAAAUGUUGGGAUACGCUUACAGAACCAGACAGUCAGGAGAAGAAAUCAGAAUCCUUCAAGUCCUGGGAGUCUCCUGUUAAGCACCAGGAGUUAUCAAAGCCUACAGUUUCCUCAGAACAGAGGAAACAAGAGAUUUCAAAACUCAGGUCCACUCUGCAGGAAGAGCAGAAGAAGCAAGAGACCUCUAAACCCAAGCCAACUCCUGGCCAAUGGAAGCAAGAAACUCCUAAGUCCAAAGCAGGAUACAUUCAGGAGGAGCAGAAGAAGCAGGAGACACCAAAGCCUUGGCCAGUUCAGCUGCAGAAAGAGGAGGAUCCAAAGAAGCAAACUCCAAAGUCUUGGGCACCUUCUCAGCAGAAUGAACAGGCCAUCACCAAAUCGUGGACCACUCCCAUGUGUGAAGAGCAGGAUUCAAGACAGCCAGAGGCUCUAAAAUCCUGGGAAAAUAAUGUUGAGAGUCCAAAACACCCUUUAACACCACAGUCACAGAUUUCUCCAAAGUCCUGGGGAGUAGCUACAACAAGCCUCAUUCCAAAUGACCAGCUCCUGUCCAGGAAGUUUAAUACAGAACCCAAAGAUGUGCCUAAGCCUAUGCAUCAGCCUGUAAGUUCUUCCUCUACUCUUCCAAAGGAUCCAGUAUUGAGGAAGGAAAAACUGCAGGAUCUGAUGACCCAGAUCCAAGGAACUUGUAACUUUAUGCAAGAAUCUGUUCUGGAUUUUGACAAACCUUCAAGUGCAAUUUCAUCGUCACAGCCGCCUUCAACUACUCCAGGUAGCCCAGUAGCAUCUACAGAACAAAAUCUACCCAGUCAAAAUGAGUUUCUUCAAGAGCCAUUACAGGCUACUUCUUCUCCAGUUACUUGUAGUUCAAAUGCUUGUUUGGUUAUUGCCGAUCAGGCUUCUUCGGGAUCUGAAACAGAGUUUAUGACCUCAGAGACUCCUGAGGCAGCAGUUCCCCCAAGCAAGCAACCAUCUUCAUUAGCGUCUCCAAAUCCUUCCAUGUCAGUGGGCUCUGAACAGAGCUUCCAGUCACCUCCAGCAAGUAGUAGUUCAGUAACCAUUAACACAGCACCCUUUCAAGCCAUGCAGGCAGUAUUUAAUGUUAACGCACCUCUGCCACCACGCAAAGAACAAGAAAUAAAAGAAUCCCCGUAUUCACCUGGCUACAAUCAGAGUUUUACUACAGCAAGUACGCAAACACCACCCCAGUGCCAACUGCCAGCUAUACACGUAGAACAAACUGUCCUUCCUCAAGAGACUGCAGCGAGUUAUCCUGAUGGAACUAUUCAAGUAAGCAAUGGUAGCCUUGCCUUUUACCCAGCACAGACGAAUAUAUUUCCCAGACCCACUCAGCCAUUUGUCAAUAAUCGGGGAUCUCUUAGAGGAUGUGCUCGUGGUGGGAGACUCCUAACCAACUCCUAUCGGUCCCCUGGUGGUUAUAAAGGUUUUGAUACUUAUAGAGGACCUCCUUCAAUUGCCAAUGGAAAUUACAGCCAGCUACAGUUCCAAGCUAGAGAAUAUUCUGGAACACCCUAUUCCCAAAGGGAAAAUUUCCAGCAGUGUUAUAAGCGAGGAGCGACAUCUGGUGGUCCUCGGGCAAAUUCAAGAGCAGGGUGGAGUGAUUCUUCUCAGGUGAGCAGCCCAGAAAGAGACAACGAAACCUUUAACAGUGGUGACUCUGGACAAGGAGACUCCCGUAGCAUGACCCCUGUGGAUGUGCCAGUGACAAAUCCAGCAGCCACCAUACUGCCAGUACACGUCUUCCCCCUGCCUCAGCAGAUGCGAGUUGCCUUCUCAGCAGCCAGAACCUCUAAUCUGGCCCCUGGAACUUUAGACCAACCUAUUGUGUUUGAUCUUCUUCUGAACAACUUGGGAGAAACUUUUGAUCUUCAGCUUGGUAGAUUUAAUUGCCCAGUGAAUGGCACUUAUGUUUUCAUUUUUCACAUGCUAAAGCUGGCAGUGAAUGUGCCACUGUAUGUCAACCUCAUGAAGAAUGAAGAGGUCUUGGUAUCUGCCUAUGCCAAUGAUGGUGCUCCAGACCAUGAAACUGCUAGCAAUCACGCAAUUCUUCAGCUCUUCCAGGGAGACCAGAUAUGGUUACGUUUGCACAGGGGAGCAAUUUAUGGAAGUAGUUGGAAAUACUCUACAUUUUCAGGCUAUCUUCUUUAUCAAGAUUGAAAGUCAGUAUAGAAUUGACAAUACAAGGAAGCUGUUCUCUUUGGUGGAUUAAAGGAAAAGUAGUCCUUGCUCUCAUGACUAAUUGGCUUAGGAAAAUGUUUUCAUAGAGAAAGGAGGAGAAUCCUUACUUUUUGUUUUUUCCCUCCCCAAGGUUAAAAAAUUUCAAGCUGAAUAAAAAUUAGCACUAAUCUGGCACCUUAUAAAUUGUGAUGUAGCCUUGCUAAUGAAGCUGUGAAUGUAUAUUGUUUGCACUUAAUUCCUUAAUUGUAUUAAUGUUCAGCUUACUAAACUGAUUGCCUCAAGUUUAGGCAAUUUACAAUGCCUUGUUGUGCCUCAGUAAUAAUAAAAAAAUUAUAUGCAC